UCAUCGAGAACAGGAUGUGAUCCAUUCUUUGAUCCGGAUUACCACACUCAAAAGCAAAGAAAGGUUUGAUGUGCAUGGCGCCACAUCCCAUUCCGAUCCUUCUCAAAAACACCCUCGAAGGACGUUAGUUUCUGGAUGAAAAACACGAUGAUGCUGGAGGAACUCAUCAGGCCAGGCAGCAUCCGUGGAGAAAAGCAGGGGGUCAACGUUUCGGGGCAGGACCCUUCCUCGGGACCUGGCCUGCUGAGUUCCUCCAGCAUCAUUAGUGUUUUCCAUCUACAGUCCUCUGCUGCAGUCCCCUGUUUCUCUUCUGACGUUAGUUUCUGGCCUGAUUGCUCGAUGCAGUCGCCCUCAAUGCCAUCAUUUUACAACGCAGGCUCCGACAACGUUUUAAACGCAAGCUGUUGAGUUUGAACCGUCCCUCCUUCCUGCCAACGGCCCUCGUUGGCCAAGCGCAGUGAGCGCCCGGCCCCUGAGAAGCGGGAGGAAGUGCGCAGGCGGAAGAGACCGGCUCUCCUCACCCCCGGCGGGCCCUGGCCUGGGUGCAGCGUGCGUGGGGAUGGCGACGGCGGUGGAGGCCGUGCUGGCGGGUGUGGAGCGGGCCGAGGCCGAGUGCCUGCGGACCAUCAGCGUGGCGAAGGAGUUGGAGCUGGAGCUCGACGUGGGGAACCUGACGGCGACCGACACCAAUGCCCCCGACGUCCGCCGCUUCCGACGGGAGCCCGAGGAGUUCCUGCGGGCCCUGGCCCGCGACAACACGCAGCUGCUGGUCAACGCCGUCUGGGAGGUGCCCACCGAGCGGGUGCAGGAGGUGAUCGUGGCCAAGCUGCCCCCGGGCACAACGCGCAUCCCCCGGGAGAAAGCCGUGCCCAAGCCCCGGCCGCCCACCCGCUGGGAGCAGUUCGCCAGGCUCAAGGGCAUCCGAAAGAAAAAGAAAACUAACUUGGUCUGGGACAGCGAGAAGAAGGAGUGGCGGCGGCGCUGGGGCUACAAGAGAGCCAACGAUGACACCAAAGACUGGGUGAUUGAGGUGCCUGAGACGGCAGAUCCCAAUGAGGAUAUGUUUGCAAAACGUGCUGCCGCCAAAAAAGAGAGGGUGGCGAAGAACGAACUGAAUAGGCUGCGCAACAUCGCUCGAUCUCAGAAGACUAAAGCGCCAGCCAUCGGGAUAGCCCCGAGCAGUCAGCCCAGUAAGAGUGAGCUGAGCAAAGCCAUUCACGUGGCGAAGACCUCCACGGCUUCAGUUGGCAAAUUUCAAGAUAAGUUACCCAAGGAAAAGGAGAUGAGGAAUACAGGCAAGAAGAGGAAAUUCCAACCCCUGAUUGGAGAUUUUUCUGCAGAGAAGCAGAACCAGCUGGAACUUUUAAAAAUAAUGGCCAGCAAGAAACCAAAACUGGACCUCACCAAAGCUGUAAAUAAGCAACUUCGUGAAGAUGAACAGGAGGAGGCAGCAAAGCGAAAGAAAAUGGGGUCGAAAGGCAGAAAAGGACAUAAAAACUAUAAUCGAAAGGAUGGAAAAGGCCAGUAUCGAAAAUCUGCCAGUAAAAGAGGAAGGGGAAAAUGAAAAAUGUGAAUGGAACUCUUAAUAUUAUACUUGAUUAAAAAUAAAUUGUAGUUUUGGGAUGGAAA